UGUUGAUAAAGUUUGUUGUUGAAGUUUGUGCGGCUGCGCAGUCGGGAGGGGCCUCUCCUAGCGUGGGCAAGAUGGCGGCGUUGGACGGCGAGCAGGUGGCUAAGGCUGUGAAGGCGCUGCAGGCAUAUGUGAAGAAAAUCAGGAAUGAUGCAGAGCUAUUCAUGAAUGAAAAUGAGAACAUAAUGCUGAAUGUUACAGUAUGGAAGAUUCCAAAUCGGGAGCAAACAGUCAAAAUAAAUCUGCCUCAUGGAAUUCGAUCAGAGUCGACCGAAGUUUGUCUCUUCACCAAAGACGAACCAAACAUGACUGCAGAUCAAACAAAGAGAUUCUAUAUAAAGCUUCUCAGCAAGCAUGGCAUUAAGAAUAUAACACGCGUCAUUCCAUAUAAAACGCUGAAGACUGAAUACAAGCCAUAUGAAGCAAAACGUCGUUUGUUGAGCAGUUUUAAUCUGUUCUUGGCUGAUGACCGAAUAAGGCGACUUUUACCCUCCCAUUUAGGCAAACAUUUUUACACCUCUAAAAAAGCACCUCUGUCGGUAAAGCUAACUUCAAGGAAUCUUGCAAAAGAUCUGAACAAAUUAAUCCAGGGUACAAUCCUUUCCGUGAACAAGAAAGGCAGCUGUUACACCACCAUUGUAGCUCAUACUGGAAUGAAACCACAGGAAGCCGUGGAAAAUGUUACUGCAGCUGUUCGUGUUAUUGCACAAAAGUUGCCCAUGCAAUGGAAAAAUGUGAAAGUUCUUCACUUGAAAACACCAGCUUCUAUUGCUCUUCCCAUUUAUGCAUCUGGGUUGCAGAACCUUCAGGAUCUACAGGAAAGUCUUCAAGAGUCUCUCAACAAACAGCACAAAGCACCUGAAAAUCAAGUAAUAUCUCAAAAUAUUUUCACUAUGAACAUUUUUCAGAAGAAGCAGAGCAAGACAAGAAUUGUGAAAUCAAAAAUUCUGUCUACUGCUGUUAAACGUGUUCUUGUUAAGACAGUGGAGAAGAAGUCAAAAAAAUCAAAGCCUUCUAUUGCCAAGAAACUCUCCACGGAGGAAGAAAUACCACAGCUAGUUCCCAUUGAAGAGCAACCGGUCACAAAGAAGGCAAAAUUGCAAAAAUUAAAUGGAGAAAACCAUACCACCCCGAAGCGAGUUAAUGGAAGUGAGAAGCCAGUUGGUAAGAAACAACAGAAAUUAAAAAACAAAAAAAGGCAGAAAGCAGCCAAACAGAACACAGGAAACCAAGGACUACAAACUCCAAGUUCAUGAUGGAAAUGACUUCAGACAUAAAACCAUGAAAUGAAAAUCAAUAUGAGAGUACUGCACUGAAGGAAACUCUUUUUUAAAAAAAACGCCACUGAAGUCAGUAGGAGAGAAAUUUGUGAAGUCAACAACAAAAGCUCCUAAACAAAAACAAAAGAUGCUCUGGUCUGCUUGAGCCUUGGUGGCAGAAGCCAAGUGAGAUUGAGUGCAUUUUUCAUACAGUGUAUGAUUUAAAAACAAUUAGAAAGACAUAAACCUUCUGUAGCCUUUACAAAGUUCACCUUUGAGUAUGGUGUAGAACCUUUCUUCAAAACUGGUAAUAAAUUCUUUGCUAUUUCAAGUGGUCUGUCAAAUA